CCUGUGUUCCUACGCCGGACUCCGUUCACAUAUUGUCGGAUUUAAAGUUCCACGUCUCAUCGGCGAACACCCGACGGCAUUUAACCCCUUUUAUGAUUUUUUACUUAUUAUCUAUAGAAGUUUAUCCAUUCGGUUGGUGGUUUUGAUUAAAUAGACUGUGUUUUGAUGACAUGUAAACUUAAAGCCUAGGCUGAGUUCUGCGGGCUAACCUGCUCUUCUGCUUUCUCGACACUUUUAUUUACCUGAUGACUUAUGAAAUAAUAGUCCUGCUCCAUAAAGAUAACACCGAAUUUAUCAGCACAGAUUACUAAUGUGUUAAAGUUUAUUUUACUGUGAAAUGUACUUCGUCUGUGUCUGACAGCUACGAAGGAACUCAAAUGUCAGUUGUUACUAUGGGGUUUGGUAUGAACAAACGAAAGUAAUGUUACGGGUGUUUGUUUACUGUAAUGUCAGAGACUGUGUCUAGUGUGAAAUACUGUUAUACUGCUGUACUAGUAGAAAACACUUUGACUGAAGUCAUAUUCUUUUGGUAUAGCUGAAUAACUUAUACCAGCUAUUUGGAAAAUAUCAGGACUUUUUCACAGUUCACAGUUUAUGAAGCAGAAUUAUUUCAAACCACGUUAUUAAUAAGUAAAUAAUGUAUUUUUCAGUUUUAGGUCAUGAUUAUUGUGCAGCUGGUAUAAUUUCAGGUUUUUUCCAUGGGCUUUGGUCUGCAGGCUUGUGAUGGAUGGUUGGUGUUCUUGAUGCUGUUUUUCCAGACAUGUUCGCGUCCUGCUGUAACUGGCUGUGCAUGGACUCGGCUGAGGUUGAGCCGCCGGAUGGACGCCAUCAGUCCUACACCAACUCGGGCUUCAGCAGUCAGCCUUCGCCUCCACCUGAGCACACCUGUAAGGCCUGUGGAGGCUCCUUCGACACACCUGCCAGGAAGCAUGUGUGUGUGGACUGCAAGAAGAACUUCUGCAGCGGUUGCUCUGACCAGCUGGAGCUCCGCCCCCGCCUGUGUCACACCUGUCAGCGCUUCUACGGCAACCUGCUGGAGAGGGCGGAGCUUAUGAAGCUUAAGGUGAAGGAGCUCAGGGACUACCUGCACCUGCACGAGGUCUCCACCCACCUGUGCAGAGAGAAGGAGGAGCUGGUGGAGCUGGUCCUCAGUCAGCAGUCCUCCCCAGACCAGCCCCCCGUCCCAGACCACCCCCCCACCCCAGACCCCCCUCCCAUCACUGUCACCCCUGACCUCCCCGACCUCACCCCCGUUCACGAGACCCCCACACCUGCCCCGACCCCGGUCACCGAGCAGCCAGAAGCCUCGGACACAGAGACGGAGACGGUCGCCAUGGAGACAGACGACAUUCAAGACGAAGACCAGGGCUGGGACCCUGAGGGCCCCCCCCUCCCAGGCCGCCGCGCCUCCUUAUCCGACCUGAGGAGCCUGGAUGACGUGGAGGAUCUCAGCGUCCGCCAGCUGAAGGAGAUCCUGGCCAGGAACUUUGUGGACUACAAAGGCUGCUGUGAGAAGUGGGAGCUGAUGGAGCGGGUGAGGAGGCUGUACCAGGACCAGCAGAACCUCCUGGCGGCCAACGCCGUCAAUGCCUCAGAGUCCGGCCGUGGCCCUACAGGUGUAGAGGAGAACCUCUGUAAGAUCUGCAUGGACUCGCCCAUCGACUGCGUCCUCCUGGAGUGUGGUCACAUGAUCACCUGCACCAAGUGUGGGAAGAGGAUGAGCGAGUGUCCGAUCUGUCGGCAGUACGUCGUCCGAGCCGUCCACGUCUUCCGGUCCUGAACCGGGACCAGAAGACGGCGUCCUCACCUGGACACAGGAGCUGAUCAUUGAAGGGAACUAUUUAAUUAACUCUAUUUUUCUAGUGAGAAGUGACCUUACCUGACUUUAGAAACGCUGAAUGUUCAUCCUCAGAAGAGCAGGAACUGCCUUGGGAUCAGUUGACCAAAGACUAAAACAUGCUGCAGGCGGAGGUUUGUUUACAGGCUGCUAAAUACAUCAGGACGUGUAGAAGAACUCUCUCUCCCACAAUGCAACGCUGCACAGGGACAACCUCAGGGCAUCAGAGCAGCAGAAUCAAACACCUGAGCUCACCUGGAGAGAAUAACUCAACAGAACAUUCACAGCGAGCCGGGGUUUUCUGCCGGUUAGAAGUAGAAUCAUGUAGAUUUUGGUCUCUGUGGGAAAGCUCCUCCAAAAGUUCCUGAGUUGACCAGUGGGGGGCAGCACAGGCAGAGUCUGAGCUAGCCUGACGUAGCGCCCCUGAAUUCUUAUCAGAGUUAGAGUCUGGAUUUCACUCGAGUUCUGAUGGGGAACUUUGGUAGAAUCAGAACCUCAUUCGGUCGUGGCUCUGAUCAGAACUCAUUCGCUAGCUGUGACCUUAAACUGCUGCAGACUUAUAAAAAGUGAGGACCGGACCGUCUUCUCCAGGUAAAUACAGACAUUCAAGUCGACUUGUGUCUUAACUUAACCAUGAACCCAGGAAUGUAGCCUCCAGACAAAAUAAAUCCUAAAUGAUGAUCUCAACAGCUUUGGUCGAUGUCCUCACCCCAUUCUGAUUUUAUCGUCUCUGUCCGGAAACGACAGGAUUAAAUGUUGGGCUGUUCCUUUAAAUCUGUUUAACCAGGUUUAGUGGAAACAGCCGAGGCCCCAGAAUGCUUCCCUGAGGGACUCCGCACUUUAUUAACAGGAUGUGUUCACCUGUACCAGCAGACUGUGUCUCGUUAAACUCUCUCGUUUAAGUUUGCGUGUUGUUGUUGCACUAAUCUGGUAAAGCUGAAACAUUUUAAUUUUAAGUUCUUUGGUUGAUCUUUUUUUUUUUAAGAAGAGCAAUAUUAAUAUUAUUAUUAUUAGUUUUUUUUCUUCUCGUGGGAUCAUUAAGUUUGAUUUUAGACGUGAACAUUUUAUCUUGUUUGGUACUUUUAAGUCUUUCUUUCUGACUUUGAGAUCAUAUGUUGAACCAUAGUACUGUAUAUUCACAUUAUCGGUGGAUAAAGUCAUGUCAACGCAGCACUGUGAGAGUUUCAUAUCACCAAAGCUAGCUGUUAGCAUUGUUAGCUAUAAGCUAACGUUUCCUCCUUAUAAUCCAGUGGCCUUGAAACUUUUUGACUCAGUAAAAUUAAAAAGGUUUUUAAAUGUCUCGCUCUGUCUUUUUUGUAGGAUUAAAAAGGUGAAAUGAUCUUCAGUCUCGAUGAAAACGAGAAACAGUUUCUCUGUUCUUAGAAAAUCUGUUGAAAAUAAAUAAUGUGUGAAUAAUUUUGUAAUAAAAUGGAACUUCUUUCA